UCUCUUUUCUUGAAAUUUUUUGAUCAACUUCUUUUUCCAAGUUAUUUUUUAAUUUUUUUUCUUAUUUUUAUUUGUUCGUGGAACGUAAAAAUAAUUUUAUUUUUAUUUUAUUUUUUUAUUUAAAACAAAGGGGAAAGGAAAAAAAUUGCAAAAAAAAAUUUAUUUUCAGGGUCAUUAAGCAUUCCUUCUUUCGCUUAAUUUCUUUCAUUUUCUCCAAUUAAUUUUAGCCUUUGCCCGAUCAAUCACUUUUGUGCGCACAAGUUUUGCGAACAUUAUAACUUUAAUUCUCCAAAAACACGUAACCUAACAAACAAAAAUUUUUCUUUUUUCCUUUUUUUAAAUUUAUUUUUGUUUAUUUUCUGUAUAAAACGGUUGGGGAAUUUAUUUUGAAUUUUUUCUAAAAAGAUUUUUUUAUUUGUUUUAAUAAACAAAAAAAUAUUUUUUAAAUGAAUUUUCUUCAAAAUUUUUUUCUUUCACUUAUUGUGUUGAUUUUGCCUCUACUUGUCGUCUGCCGUGUUGAAGAUCGUUAUGAUUUGAGUUUGUUGCCUUGGGAUUUGCGUCCAGUCCAACAAUUCAUCGGUCUGUGGCAAAAGGAGCGCCACACGGGAUUUUUCAAGGACUUGCCCCCUCCAGAUUUAAUCGACUUUGCCAUCAAUCCAAUACCUAAAUUUGGUGCAAGAACCAUCAACUUCACUCAUACUUAUUUUGAUGCUGAAAAGAAGGUAAUACGGUCGGACUAUGGCUUUAUGCCCGUCAAAAAUGCAACUCAAAGAGAUCCAAGAGUGCAUGUUGCCUAUUUGACUACGAGCAGUGAAGGUUGGUCAAUGAUGGAACAAGGCUUCUUCAAAGACGGCAAAUUAAUAUUCCACUUGAAACAAUUUUUGAGACGCACCUUUGGUGUUGGAACAAAAGGCUCGGAGUUGGAUAUACGCGAGUUUGAACGUCAAUUUGAAUUGCAUGAUUUCCACUCCAUGGAAUUAAAAAUAAGGGCUGAAACAUCAGUACAAACAGAAUCUUAUGUUGCUUAUUAUAGAAAAAUUCUUUUUUAA